GCAAAAUUAUGGCCAUCGUCGUCGUUCCUUCUCGGAGGAUGAUUAACAUCGCAAACCCAAUUUGGCGAUUCUUCCUUCUCCACCGCCGAUUCGCUACCGAUUCCGUCCAGUCGAAACUAUCACAAACCUCCAUCACGCCGAUAAACCAAGACCAUCUCCUCCGCGUCUGUACAAUUCUCUACCAACAGCAGAACUCGCCUGAUUCACGGCUCGUCUCGAAGCUCUCUUCCACUGGGUUUCAGCUUACACACGAGUUCUUCCUCCAAGUCUGCAACAAUUUCCCUCUCUCGUGGCGUCCGGUCCACCGUUUCUUCCUCUACUCGCAGACUCACCACCCCGAUUUUGCCCACACCUCCACUACCUCCAAUAAGAUGCUCGGAAUCAUCGGUAAAUCCAGAAACAUGGAUCUUUUCUGGGAAAUGGCUCAAGAGACUGGGAAACGCGGAUUGGCCAACGAUAAGACGUUUCGGGUCGUGCUGCAAACACUUGCUUCCGCUAGAGAAUUGAAGAAAUGUGUCAACUUCUUCCAUUUGAUGAACGGUUUUGGGUAUUCGUACAAUGUGCUGACUCUGAACAGAGCAGUGGAAACUCUGUGUAAGGUGAAGCUCGUCGAAGAAGCUAAGUUUGUCGUUACGAAGCUGAAAGAUUGUAUUAAACCCGACGAGAUUACUUACAGAACGAUGAUUGAAGGGUUCUGCGAUGUUGGUGAUUUGAUCGAAGCAGCAAAGCUUUGGAAUUUGAUGAUGGAUGAAGGAUUCGAGGUGGAUAUCGAAGCUGGUAAAAAGAUCAUGGAAACACUUCUCAAGAAAAACCAGUUCGAUGAAGCUUCGAAAGUCUUCUACGUGAUGGUAUCGAAAAAAGGUGGAGAUUUGGAUGGAUCUUUCUACAGGAUUAUGAUCGAUUGGUUGUGCAAAAACGGCAGGAUUGAUACAGCGCGCAAGGUGUUCGAUGAAAUGCGUCAAAGAGGCGUUGAGGUAGAUAACUUAACUUGGGCGUCGAUAAUCUAUGGUCUCUUGGCUAAACGAAGAGUUGCAGAGGCAUACAAAACAGUAGAGGCGAUUGAAAAUCCGGAUAUUAGUAUCUAUCAUGCAUUGAUAAAAGGGCUGGUGAAGAUUAAACGGGCAAGCGAGGCAACAGAGGUUUUCAGGAAGAUGAUACAGAGAGGGUGCGAGCCGAUAAUGCAUACAUAUCUUAUGUUGCUGCAAGGACAUUUGGGGAGAAGAGGAAGGAAAGGACCAGACCCGUUAGUGAAUUUCGAUACUAUAUUCGUUGGAGGUAUGAUUAAGGCGGGGAAACGGUUGGAAACUACCAAGUAUGUGGAGAGAACGUCGAAGAGAGGGCUUGAAGUUCCUAGAUUUGAUUACAGCAAGUUCUUGCAUUGUUAUUCUAAUGAGGAAGGAGUGAUUAUGUUUGAAGAGAUGGCGAAGAAACUUAGAGAAGUGAGCUUGUUUGAUCUGGCCGAUAUAUUCCAGAGGUAUGGAGAGAAAAUGACAACUCGAGAGAGAAGGAGAGAUAGAGAGGAAAUUCAGUCAUAAGACACAAUUCUGACCUUGUCAAUCUCUUGUA